AUGAAGAAGAACAUUGAGAAUCUGGUUGACGAUUUGAAGAAAGCUGCUGAGGAGGUCAAGGUUGAAGAAAAAGUGAAAGAUGGAGUAGAGAAAGUUGAAGAGAAGGUAGUUGAGAAAGAAAAGGCUAUUACUGAAGAACAACAAGUUGAAGAAGCCAAGAAGGAGAAGGAAAGUUCGAUAGAAGUGAAGGUUGAAAGUUCAACAGAUGUUGCUGGUAAUGUUGUUGAUGAGAAGCAGCAGAAAGAAGCUGAUCAGAUAGAAACGGAAGCAAACACCAAGGUGCCAAUCACUGAGGAUGAUGGUGAUAAAAGUAUUGAUAUUAUUUUUUAUGGUGCAACGUUUAGUCCAUACAAGUCUAAUCUUCAAUGUGAAUUUAGUGAAGAUUUAUUCAUUUAUAGGGAUCAGAAGUUUGAGACUCAAAAUGAUGACGAAUGGGGUUAUGUGAAUCGGGACAACAUCUACAAUGAUAGAGGUUUUGAAGAUGAUGAGUUUGGCUACCAAAAUGCCAACUUUGUGGGUAACGAUAACUAUGGGUACGGGAAUGUGCGAAAUGACGGUUACGAAAACAACCGUCAACCACGAAACAAUAAUCAAUGGAACCGGAAUGAUGGGUUUUACAACAACAAUAACAACAACAAUAUUAACCCUAAUCGGAUUCCUCGUUUCGUGGGAGGAGGUAAUCAAAGAGGUAAUCAAGGUGGAAACCGAAAAGGUGAUAGGGGAGGUGAGAGAAGAGAUAAUCGAAGGCCGGUGGAUUAA